AAACUGCGAAACUAAAAGUAUUAAAUGGGAGAUAUGGCGGCGCUCACGAAUCAACCAAAAAUGAAGGUAAAGGGAGGAAUUUUAGACAACUGGUCAACCAGAGAGAAACUUGCCCUUGGUUGUUCAGUAAUGCGCAGUGGAGAUCAAAAUUGGGUGUCUGUGAGUCGAGCCAUCAAACCCUAUGGAGAACAUCAUAGACCACCUGACUGGUUCCAGCCACGGAAUUGUGCCACGCAAUAUUCAAAUCUCCUUGAGAAAGUGGAGACGCCAAAGAGAAAGCGUGGAGAUCGAGGGGAAGUGGAAAUCCCAGCAAAACAAAUAGUGGUAAAACUGACUAUAGAGAGGAUUGAGGAGCUGAAAAAACAAGUGGUGGAAUCUCAGCAGAGAUACAAGAAACUAAAACGAGACAUUGAUUCUCUUUAUUCUGGUCAGUGGGAUGAACAGAUUGGUGAAAAAUUAGAGCAAGCUCAAAAUGAAAAGAAAGCAGAAGAUGAAGCCAAAAAAGAGGAGGAGAGAAAACUUAAGGAAUUAUAUGCUGCAAGGGCAGUUGCUCAGAGCCAGCGCAGCAAAGGGAUCAGAUCUACAUCUGGUGGGUCUCAAAGCAAUGUGUCAGAGCCAGAUGACAGCACUCAGGAUUCUGUUGGAGAAAAUAUUGAUGUUUCUGCACUCACAGAUGAAGAAAACUCGCAGAUAGCACCAUCAGUUCCUGCUAUCUCAUCUACCACAGUCACCAGCAUUUCAACUCCAGUUUCAGAGACUCCUACUGUUCGCACCAAUCCACCACCUUCCCCAUUAUUAUCUCAACUUUUGAAGAGUCGACAUAACUCACCAUACAGUUUGACACGGAUUAAACAGGAGCAAGAACAAAAUCUUAAACAAGAACAGCAACAACAGCAGGACCAGCAGUCCAUAGCAGGGACAGAGUAUGCUACAGACCAAGCUGAUGAACAAGACACAUCAAUCAGAGACUCAUCAUCUGCUGAUUCUGAUGCACCAGUGAUCCAGCAGCAACCUUUACCAAAAGAAGCUGAAGAAUCUGAACCAGAAGCAGUGAUCAGUGUAAAAAUAGAGGUGUCACAGAAUGAGCCUUUGGAACCUAGCACAACCAUGGAAACUGAAGAAAAAUCAAGCCCAGAAAAAGACCAAGAGUUAGAAGUCAGGGCAAAGCAAGAGAUCAAGGAUGAGCUGGUUAGCCAAGAGAGUGCUGCAUCAAGUGAGAGCACUAUUGACCUGAAACCAGGAGUGGCAUCUGAAAUAAAGGGGGAAGAAACUGAUGAUAAAGAUUCUGAAGAGCCUAAACUAGAACAAACAACUGAUGGAGAGGUGGAGUCUCAGGAUGAAGGUGAAAGUGGUAUAGAAGCUAGUUUCAACAACGUUGACAGUGAGAUUUCCAUCAAAGAAGAGCCAGCUUCACCUGCUAGUAGUGUGCUGUCAAGUGUUAGCGAUACUCGUGGCCGGGGCUCACGAGGUCGAGAUAGGUUUCGUGGAAGGAUGGGACAGAGAGUCACAAGAAAAAGCAUGGCAGAGAAGGAUGAUACCAGUUCAAAGCACAGUGAAGCAGAGUUGACAGAUGAUGAAACCGGCAGAGAGAGUGAUGAAGUCUUGUCCCAUCACACCAGCCAGUCCACAUCUGUAGUCAUGCCUGCUUUUUCAGAGUCUGUUCCAGACAGUCCUGCCUCCGUGGGAAUCAGUGACACUGAAGAUGAGAAAGCAUACAAGACAUGGAAGAAAUCCAUAAUGUUAGUUUGGAGAGCAGCUGCCAACCAUAAGAAUGCAAAUGUUUUUCUGCAUCCUGUUACCGAUGACAUUGCACCUGGUUAUGGCAAUGUUGUUCUCAGACCUAUGGACCUGGCAACCAUCAAGAAAAAUAUUGAGAGUGGGGCAUUAAGAACAACUGCAGAAUUUCAGCGUGAUAUUAUGCUUAUGUUCACAAAUGCCAUAAUGUAUAACAGUUCCAAUCACAAUGUGUACAAGAUGGCAAAGGAGAUGUAUGAUGAUGUUAUGAAGCAGAUUGAGCAAUAUGUUAGUACACAGUUAAUGGUGCAGUCCAGUGAGACAAAAGUGCUUCGUCAAUCCAGACGCUCCGAUUUACCAGACAAGGAGGAAGACUCGAAGAAACGAAGAGGUUCUGUAGAACAAGCCCAGGAAGGAGGCAAAACCAAGAAGAGAAAAACACGUGGUGAUGAAGUAUAGUAGCAUUACUCUUCUGUAAUGCCAAGUUUUGCAUUGUGGACUUGAAUAUUUUAACAGCAGCUUUUUCACUCUCUACUAUAGGGGUGGUGGAAAUGAAGUUUGAAUGGUAUUUGCAUUCAUGUGGUUUUUUUCCCCCAGAUGAUUAUGCUUAUUUGAAGAAGAUGAAUGAAAAUGGUGUGUGAACAAUGGGAUACCAGAUGUUUGUGUUGUCUUUUAAUAAAAAAAAAAAGUUCCAUUGUAACUUU